AAACCUUCAAAGGCUGACCGCGAUUUUAUUAUUGAUUGGAAGCGCACCACUGAACUGAGAGACAUGUGCCUGAAACUGCUGGCGCUUUUUCAGUUUUUACUGUACCAUUAAUUUUUCUCUUUUGAACAGGAAGGCUCUGGGAGGAUGGCAGAGACCUCCGCAAAAGGAAAGAACAAGAAGGACAAACGGUCACGAUCGAAGAGCAAAGAGAGACAGAGUAGCCGCGAUCGCGAAAGUGACAGCCCUCGCCGGGAAACAUGCGAAAAACCACUACUCCAGCAGAGCCCGAAAGCGUCGCCACUUUCUCCAAGACAUAGAAAAGGCAAGAAACAUGACUCGAGUGCAUUAGAUAUGGGAAUAAAAAACAUGGAAAUCACUGGAGACGACGUCGUUAUUCAAACUGUGGAGAUUUUAAAGCGCCCAGGACAAAGUCUUGGGUUUUAUAUACGGGAAGGCAAUGGCAUAGACCGAACUGGGGGAGUUUUUAUUUCUCGAAUUGCACCUGGUAGCAUAGUAGAAAAGAAUGGGCUUUUACGCAUGGGAGACGAAAUUGUAACAGUGAACACAGUCAAUGUAACGAGCAUGAACCUAGAUGACGUCGUCGUAUUAAUGUCAAUACCAAAGAAAUUAACUUUAACAAUUAGGACUAGAUCAUAUUCAAGGCAAGGGAAUACUGGAACCACAAUAGCAACAAUAGAGCCUCAGAAACCUGUUGUGGUACUGAAACAAGGCUCAGUUUCUUUUGAAUCCAGAUCGGAACAUGAGCAGGAUGAUUCUUGCCCAGAUGAAUUUAUACUGGCAGGGAGGGAGGCAAGGGAGGCUUACUCAAGGCAGAUGGCACAGGGGCUGGGGUUACCAGAGGGACUUCGUCACUCGCGGUCCAAGGCCCUCCAACAUCAGAUUGCUGCCAUGGAACAAGUGGAGAAAGAGGACUCCAAUGACAGUGGGCUAUCCAGUGAGACUUCUGCAUCUUAUAAAGGUGCAGAGGGAGGACCAAAGGUAAAUGGAAUGGAUGAUGUUGACCCAAAAUUUUGUGAUACUACAGAUGCCAAACUGAAGGAAGACUAUGAAAGAAUUAGAAAACAGUUGCAGAGUAAGUCUGACCACAGUACGUUAAGUCGAAAAGCCUCUGGCAAAGAACCAGUGUUGAGCAGUCCCCAAGCCUCGGCGGCUGCUUACUAUCGUACCCAGAAACAGCAAAGUUUAGAAUACAUGUCUCCUAGGAAAUCCAAUAAGGAGUCGCCAGAUUACAACUCGGAUUCAGAAAUCUGGGGCUAUCAUCAUGAUUAUCAUGGGCUUGGUGAUGACACCAGGAGCAACUCGCUUCCUAAAAUAAAUGUUGAGAAUGCGGAGGAGAUGCAGGACUUGGUGCACAAGUUCAACACCCUGUCCCAUGACUUGCAGGAGUAUGAUGAUCAGCAGGCUGGCAUGGCUGCAGGUCCACCAUACCCCACUGCCACAAGUGCCAAACACAAAGAGAGACACGACUCGUAUUCGUCCAGUGAAUACAUGUCAUGGACUGCCACACUUUCGCCCAUGUUGUAUCGCAAAUUUACUCAACAACCUCACAUCAUCCUACGAAAACCGCCUGCCGACGUUCUGCUUUCGCCUCACCAGAUUCCAAAUCUGGACAAUUCCUUUGACCUCAAGCAGGAGCAGAAGUAUUCCACAAUAUACCACACAGUGUCACAACAUGGCGGUCCAAAAAUGGCUGAACAAAAUUUCAGCCCGGACUCUGUCGUAAGUGAUACUAUGGACAGAGCAAGAGCCAUGCACUUAUCUUCAAGACUACAUGAUUUACAGCUUUCUAGAAAGCCGUUAAGAAUCAGAAUUGAGGAUUUUUUGAUGUACAGACCAGAGGUUGAAAGAAAACAAAUGAGACUUUCGCCUCGGACUUGUGUGGGCUUGGAUGGCUUAUUAAGUAUACACAUAUACUGCGGGCAUGGUUUAAAGUCUUCAAAGGCCGCCCUAAGAGACUUGUACUGUGUUUUAGAAAUCGACAGGAUGAAUAAAGCCCGCACAAUGAUUAGAACAGGUGCUAUCAAUUUUGACUGGGACGAGAUGUUUGAAAUUGACCUAGAAGAUGCCUGGGAAUUGUCGUGCCUUGUGUACAAUUGGGAUCCCAUGUCCCGCCACAAAUUGUGCUUCACCGGCACCAUUAAUCUAGUCAAUUUUUUGCACAAAAUAAGAGCCCCAACUUGCAAACUUGCCCUAAAAAUGGAACCCAAAGGUUUGAUUUAUUUAGAAUUGUCGUACAAAGAAGCAGCGGUCACCCUGCAGCGCACGCCUUCCAUACACAGAAAUGCUUUAUUUGGUGCUACAUUAGAGUCUGUGAUCCGUAGAGAGAAGUCGGGACUCAGGGUGCCCAUUAUUGUACAUAAAUGUAUCGAGGAGAUUGACCGCAGGGGCCUGGAGACUGUUGGGACCUACAGGGUGUGCGGGUCUGCUAGGCGGAAGGGAGAGCUUCGGGAGGAGUUUGAGAAAAAUCCUUUUUUGGUAGAUUUGUCACCUGAUAAUGUGAUGGAUAUUCAUGUAGUUACAGGUCUUCUAAAGGACUACCUCCGAGAGCUCCCAGAGCCUUUGUUCACCAAUGCUUUGUACAAUAUGCUGGUGGAUGCCCUGUGUGUCCAGAUGCCAGGAGAUCCAGAGGGCAAUGCCAAACUCAUGCUCAGUAUAUUAGAAUGUCUUCCAAAACCAAAUCAGGAUACCAUGGUGAUGCUUCUUGACCAUCUGAACAGAGUGGCCAAACGGAGUGACAUCAACAAGAUGACCACCCACAACCUUGCUGUGUGUUUUGGACCUGUCCUGCUUUGUCCAUCUCCGGGCAGCAUCCUCAACGUCAGUGCAGCAAUGGACUUCAAGAAGCACAUCCAGGUGGUCCAGUAUUUACUGGACAUUUGGCCACAGGAAAGAGGACUUCCCAUGGGUUUGUCUGAGAGUGAUCACAGUACAUCAUCAUCAGCUGAGCAAAAGAAAUCUCCAUCCACCCCGAGCAGAAGUGUCCAAGGCGAUGAGAAAUGAAACGAAGGCUCGAUCAUUCCUGUAGAUGUGGCUUACAUUAUAUCAAACUAAUGUCUCCCUCUACUUAGAGUAAAACUUCCUCCAGGUUUGCUUCACAGCAGAUUUUCAGAAAAUUGAGAUCAGUCUGUGUUGAGGUGGCUGUAAGCAUUGCCAAGAUGGUACUUACAGUGCAUUUUGAAUGAAAGUCAUCUUUUUAAAUGCAUACUACAGUAUGUCAUACAGUGUAACAGCACCAACAUCAGACUAUCUGUGUGUGGGACAUCAUGACUGGAAGUCUUUAAGCUGAAGUCACAGGUUGCAAAGAUGAUAUAAUUGCCAUCCAGUUUGCAAAUACAUUUAGGUUGAGUUUUAUACCAGGUUAUUGGAUCGCAAUCGAAGGAUACUCUCUCUAUAUAUAAAUUGUAUAUACAGAAGCAUUGUUUUUCAUUGUUUUACCUGCAGUUGGGGCACAGUGGAUGUCGAUUCCAGAUACUGGCAUAUUCAUAUUGACUGAAGAUACUCCCUGAAAAACAGCUGAAAUAACCAUUUUGUACUCAUUAGGCAGUUGAGGCCAAUUUUGUUUGAUGAUAUAUUCAACCUCAUAUUGUCCGACAGACACAUUGUAAGCAUCUGUGGAUAUUAUGAAAAAAUACUAGAGACAUAAAUGAUAUGAAGAAAAAAAUAGGCUAUGUUUUUUUUUAUCUGCCCCCCCCCCUCCUCCUUCACCAACCUCCAAACUAUACUCAGUACAUGAGCCCCCUGCCCAGUUGUUGCUGAUCUACUUAGAUUAAAAAAGUAUCAAAAGCUGACAAAUUUGCCUUUGAACAAUAUUUUCAGUUGGCCUACCUCUAAUCAAUCUUUUUUAAGAUAAGUAGCUGGGUAAUGUGCAGUAAAUAAGAAGCUCUUUUUUGUUUUAUGCAAAAUGAUGAGUGCAUGGUCCCCAGUCCAAGUGAGCAAACCAGUACUCAGUAGAUGGGGUCGAUGUACAAGAAAGGACACAUUUGGAGAUGACUGCACCAUGAUGACUCGUCCCACUAUCUGAUUAUAAAAGCUAAACUGGUGAAUUGAUUCCACCACAGAUUUCUUCAUGUCAUGUCUCUGUUUGUAGUAUUUUUGAGAGAUGUCCAUCGUAUAAUUUUUCCAAUAUUUGGACCAUUAGGGUAGAAUGCCUUGGUUUGUAGCCUGCCAGUUCCUUAAAGUUUAUACAUGUAGUUCUAGUUCAAAUUUUGGUUAUUACCCUUACAUGUGGUAUUAUCUUAUUUUUUUAUACAAGCUAGGUUAAAUUUUGACUUAAAUGACACUAAUUAUCUACAUAAACCAUAGACAAGAAAUCUGCCAUUGGCGUUGAAAGUGGGUGCAAUAUAGUGAUCAUUAUCAAGCCGUCUCUGAAAAUUUUAAGUUACCUCACAUAUUUAGCUGAGCAAAAAGUAGUAUGGACUUUGAAGAUGUAUGUUGAGUAUAAGUUUGAUCAGGAUUCCAAAACAAAUCAAAGAGAUCUGUUUAUCUUGUAUAUAGUAUGUAAUGUGCAUGGUUCAGGAGGAGCAUCUUUCUAGUCAACACUAUUUUGUUAUACACACAUUUGUUAAAGUGGUCACAGUAUAUGACAGUCACAUAUGGUUCUGUAGCUUUAUAUGUAACUAUUAAAAUGAUGAUUCUUUUAUUAAGUAUUGAGUGACAGAUUUGUUCAUUCAAAAAUGGAAUGUUUGACAAAUAUAAAAUGUGAGUACAUAAUACAACAUUUGAAAAUAAUGUAACCCAUGAUGAGAAAAAUUUUAACACAGGACACGUACACUUACAAAAUAAAGAGUGCUUUUGCACAUAAUGUUUAUGUUUGCCAUUAUCUAAUAGCUAUUUUUGUAUUAGUUUUAUUAGUUUUUGUUUUAGUACUCAUUUGAAUAUAAAGAGAGCAUUAUUCAUGAC